AUGCUGCAUUUACUACACGGUGCUUGGUGCUUUUCAUGUAUUACCUCAUUUAAUGCUCCAGCCAUCCCCGUGAUUAUCACCAGUUAGCCUCAGGAUUCUGAGGCACAGAGAUGUGAAGUGGGUCGUCCUGCAGGAUUCAAGCAGGGUUGACUCCCAAGCUUCGCUUAAGGGAAGGUGCGUGGAGCACUGGAGUAACACAGAUGGGCAAGCCAUGUGUUGGUUUUUGAGGGAAGAUGUGGCUCUCAGUUAAGGCUCUGCCACUCUCAAGUUGGGUAGCCUUGGGGCAGGAUGUUCAGUUUUGUUUCACUGUUGACCUACUCUUAGUCCAUCUGCCAACCUGUAAAACUGGGGUAUAACUAUUUCAAGUGUGGUUGAGAGGAUUAAACUAGGCAUUCAGGUCUUCCUAAUUCAUGCUUGCUGAUGUGAACAAAAGUAAGCAGGGUGGGAGCAAAAGGGGAAACGCAUUCUGAGAAGAGGGAACAGCACAUUCCAAAGCUACAGAUCUAAAAAGAGCCUGAGGAAUCCAGGAGUGGGAUGAGAUGCGGUGGCUGAUGGCCUUGAAGACCAGCUAAGAAACUUGGACAAUUUAAUAAUAAAAAGAGCCACCAUUUUCUGAGAGUCUGCUCUUAAUUAUUUCCAUCAAAACUACUCCAGCGAGGUAGAUUUAAUAAAUCCAACUGUACACAAAAGGGAACUGCCAGGAGCCUCAGAAGAGGUGUAAGCUGGGAGGUGGCUUGAUCAGUUGUGAUUUUAGAACCCUUGGACCAACAGGAGGUGCUCUAAGAGAACUGCCUUGAAUCCCACACAUUAAAAGUAUUAAUAACAUUUAUCAUUUUUGCAUUUAUUCCACAAUUUAUAUUCACUGUAGAACAUAUGAAAAAUACAAGAAAGUUUAAAGAUAUAAAAAAUUGUUAAUUCCACCCUCUAGAGAAUCCCAAGUGAUACUUUCCUUCCAGUCUUCUCCCCCCGUCCCCACCUUUAUGCAAAAAAUAUGUAGUAAUUAGAAUGGCUCUUAGAUAGAAGAUGUGGAGAGGUCAGUGUUAAAACGCCCUUCAUACUCCUUCUCUUCUUCCUUUUCUUAGGACCACACCAAGGGGAGAGCCGAUUCCCUCCGCGUUUUCAGGGAUACUCCCCAGGACUCAUCGCCGCCACGCUCGCUCGCCUCAAGCCGGUCUCUAGGGGGCGCUGCUGCAAGACCUGGAGCGGAAGGAAGGCGAUGCUGAAACGCGGUUAAAUUUGGGCACCGCCGCCGCCCGUAGUCGGCGUCCUCAACAUGGCGGCUCCCCAGGAUGUCCACGUCCGUAUCUGUAACCAAGAGAUUGUCAAAUUUGACCUGGAGGUGAAGGCGCUUAUCCAGGAUAUUCGGGAUUGUUCAGGACCAUUAAGUGCACUUACUGAACUGAAUACUAAAGUGAAAGAGAAGUUUCAGCAACUGCGGCACAGAAUACAGGAGCUUGAGCAGUCAGCUAAAGAGCAAGACAAAGAGUCAGAGAAGCAAGUUCUGCUCCAGGAAGUGGAGAAUCACAAGAAGCAGAUGCUCAGCAAUCAGACCUCAUGGAGGAAGGCUAAUCUCACCUGCAAAAUUGCUAUCGACAAUCUAGAGAAAGCAGAACUUCUCCAGGGAGGAGACCUCUUAAGGCAAAGGAAAACCACCAAAGAGAGCCUGGCCCAGACGUCCAGUUCCAUUACGGAGAGCCUCAUGGGGAUCAGCAGGAUGAUGUCCCAGCAGGUGCAGCAGAGCGAGGAAGCCAUGCAGACGCUAGCCAAUUCUUCCCGGACUAUCCUGGAUGCAAAUGAAGAGUUUAAGUCCAUGUCUGGGACCAUCCAGUUGGGACGGAAGCUUAUCACAAAAUAUAAUCGCCGAGAGCUGACGGACAAACUUCUCAUUUUCCUUGCCCUCGCCCUUUUCCUCGCUACGGUCCUCUAUAUUAUAAAAAAGCGGCUCUUUCCAUUUUUGUAAGAUAGGGAAUUACCAGCUUUUGCCCUUUAAAGUCCGGUGUCAAGAUCUGGCCAUGCUACCAAGCUCUGGUAAACCAGUCCAUGCCUCCACAGUCUGCUCCAGUUGUUCUGCAGGUUGGAUGGAGACACAGAGUUCCCCAGGUUCCUGCAGGUGGCUGGCUGGCAAAGGGCGAGCAGAGCAAGGUGUCAUUGAGACACCUACAGGGACACAGGGACUCCACGAGCCGUCGCAACAGUGCUUAUGGCUGUCGCAUGGGGCAUUCAGAGGCCAGCCUUCAGGCUUUGAUCCUCCUGUCUCUCCUUCUCCUGCUGUGGCCUUAGUGCCAGAUCUGGUAGAAGGAAGAGAAAAGGGGGGGGGGGAGGAGGAUAAGGAAAACUCACGUCCAUUUCUUGAAUAAACUUGACUAUAUUUAAUAGAAUGAAAUGCAUUUGGAUUAUAAGGUAUCCUUCUGGGAAUUUGUGUCCUGCUUUUGGUGUCCAGAUUUCUAGGACAUGAACUUAGAUCAUUUAUUUGUUCUCCCAACAAAGGAUUAUUAGGCAGCAGUCAUGUGCAAUGUAUUACAGAUCCUGCCGACUGUUACAAAUAGAUUGGUAAAGCAGCUGUGGUUCCUCCCUCAGGGAGCAAGGAGAACAAGAUCUCAUAGGCUCUAAAAAAGUAAGUUACAGAAAGCCCCCACCGGAGGUGGCUGACCCAUCUGAAAAGGCUGAGGCAAACAGUCUUUUCUUUCUGUGUACAGUGGUGGGCCUGGCCUCUCGGUGUGCAGCGUCUUGGGGGCUGGCGCAUGUCUUUCUCUUUGAGGUGCAGAGCUAAAUAUAACGAUGAGAGGGAGGCUAGUGAUAAGCGGAGUCCUGUCUGGGCCUGAGUUCUGUCGAGGCCUGGGGGAUCCUAGGGCUCAGGCUGGGAGAUGUUCGUGUCCUUGUGCUAUAGGCCUGGCUGGCCUCACACAUGAAAUCCCAGCCUCCCCACUAUUUAUAGCCCCAGAGGCCCUGGGAUGUGUAACAUGGAGACAGGGGAAAGUGAGAAGAACAUGGACUUUGAACCUUGGUUUUGAGUCUUGGCUGUUUAACUAAAGGACCAUGUGACUCUGGGCAAGAUAUCUUAUGUCACUAAGCCUCAGUUUCCCCACCUGUAACAUGGGGGUGAUAGUCCACAUAGACAUUUGUUUAGUCAACAUGAGACUCCAACAAGAAUGUGAAGUAACAAGUGCAGCUUCUGUCUGACUGAGCAGUGGGCUUCCCAAGUGGGGCCACCUCCAGGGCUCUGGACCCUGAGGUUUGCUGCAGCAAACAGGGGCUUCGGUGAAAGCUGGCCUGGGCAUCACAAGUUCUGUUUAGAUCUGUUUGAGCAGAGGAUGUCAACAGUUAAGGCUUUGGCUUCAGUUACGAACUGCCAAAUCUUCAUGGGACCAAGUACUUAAGAGAUUGGCUGCACACCUCAGACUGACUAGUUUAAUGAGUAGGUUCUAAGUUAAAGUGCGUGCGUGUGUGUGUGUGCGUGUGUGUACACACUUCUAUAUAUACAUAUAUCAUACUUAAACGAUUUCUGGCCUCAGAAGACACUCACUGCAAAUUGUGCGUGCAUGUGUCUUAUUUAUAGUCAAAUUAAAGCUGAGAAUAAAGCACAGAUGGGAAAUUCCCACUCAGAUUCCAGCUGUAAGUGCAGCAGAUGGCUGUUAUCAAUUUAGGAUUUUCUUGUCUUAACAUUUUUCUUUACCACUUCCCACUAAUUGUCAACAUCCUCCUUCCAAUAUGGGAAUGUGUGGGCGCUGUACUCCUUAAAAAAUCUCCCUUUGACUUUAUUCUUCUGUAACUUGCUAGGUUGAAUUUGAAAUGUCAUCAAUAGCAUUGUAUCUUGGAACCCCAUUCAGCCACCGGGAUUCAAAGUCAUCCCCUAGCGGGCUGGCUGGACGGAGAGCAACCAUCUCCAUGUUCAACCAUGAGGGGGCAGUGUUCACAUUUGCUCUGUGGUCUUGCUGUGUGUAUGGCUUCAUCAGUCCAUAGGGAACGCUCUUGCGGAUUUUUUUUUCCACGUACCAGACUUUAAAAACAAACAAACAUACAAAUGUACAAAGUUUAUAGUUUUUAGAAGAUGUUUCAUAGAUGAUUUUCAUUUUCACUGUGAAAAGUAAGGCCAGCUUGUGUUCUACAGUUUGGUUAGGUGACAGUCAAAGAAUUAAAAGUAUAGAGCAGCUGUCAAGAGGUCGUCCAUUCAAGUAUUUACUGAGCACGUACUUUGUACCAGGCACUGUGCUAGGUAUAGGCAGUGAAUAAAACAAAGAUUCCCUGUUGUUGUGGAACUUACAAUAUGUGAGAGAGGGCAGGCAGAUGAUAAACAAAUAAGCCAUUCAUUCUGUUAGACAAUAAGUGGUCUAGGAAAGAGGGAAGCCCGCUAAUGGAGACAGGAAUGUAGGUGUGGGGAUAGGUUUGCAGUAUUAAGUAGGGUGGUCAGAGCUGGCCUCACUGAGGAGGUGAGGUCUGAGCAAAGGCUUGUUGGGGAGGGAGACCCCUUAGCCAUGCGGACUGCUGGGGGAGAUGGGCUCCGGCACAGGGACCAGCUGGGGCUGGAGCAAAGGGCUACAGUGGGAGCACCUGCGAUACUGUGGUUGAUAGUAAGAAAUAUAUAUUUGAUAGUAAGAAAUAUAUAUUUGGUGUCCCCAGUCAGGGACACAGAGCUCCUAAAACCCUUGGACUUUCCUGCAGUGAGAGCGAUAAAGGUUUCUUUUGUUACGUGCAUGAGGCGACUUUUGGAAAGCACUAAAGACAGGGCUGGUUGCCAGUGGACCUCAGAGGAGGGGAGAGGGGUUGGAAAUUAAGUUCAGUCACCAGUGGCCCAUCAUUUAAUCAAUCAUGACCGUCGAAUGAAGCCUCCACAAAACCCAGGAGGACGGUGUUCAGAGAUCUGGGUUGGUGAACACGUGGAGAUUGAGGGAGGGUGGCACACUUAGGGCAUGGAAGCUCUGCAUCCUUUCCUCGUGCCUUGCCCUAUGCGUCUCUUCCAUCUGGCUGUUCUACCCUUUCUUAAUAAACUGGUCAUCUAGUAAGCAAAA